AUGGAGCGUCGGAUCAUUUCCCUCGAGAAGUUUGCCUCUUCUCAUGAGACCUGGGUGAGCGAGCUUGUCAUCCGGAUGGAGGAGCUCAACCAGGAAAAUGAUGUCGUGAAGGAAGGCACCAAGGAUUUAGUCCUCUUCUGUGCUCCAGUGGUCGAAAACUUCCUCUUCGGCCUUGACCAGUAUUUCGGUGCCAUGAGAGUUUUCGACGAUGUUUCGAAGAUCAAUAGUGCCUCGACCUUCCUUCGUGAUGUUGCGCAGUUGUGGUGGCGAAUGAAGUGUACUGAUCGAGAAAAAAGACUCAACGCCAUUCAGAGUUGGGAUCAGUUCAAGUCGAAACUGCAGAAACAUUUCGUCCCACACAAUGCAGAGAAUGAAGCCAAGGGGAAACUACGUCGAUUGCGACAGAGUGGAAGUAUCCGCGAUUACAUCAAGGAGUUCACUACACUUAUGUUGGAGAUCGAUGACUUGACGGAAAAGGACGCACUUUUCCACUUUUAG